AUGGUGGAAGGUUGGCACCGCACAGUGAAAGCCGCUCUCAUGUGCAACUCUCCAACACCAUGGCCAGAGCUUUUGCCAUCAGUCAUGCUCGGACUUCGGACAGCCUUCAAGGAGGACCUGAGAGUCUCUCCAGCGCAGCUUCUCUACGGAACCGAGCUCCGAAUCCCUAGUGAGUUCUUCGUCUAUGACAGCCUCCAAGCAGAUCCGAAUUUCUUCCUCGAGAAAUUCAGGGACCACAUGAGACGAGUCAGACCCACCACGACUGCCCAACACACCAAAGCCAGAUUCUUCAUCCUCAAGGACCUAUACAAGUGCAGCCACGUCUUUCUACGCGUUGACGCGGUUGAAAGACCCCUCGACCGUCCAUACGCCGGUCCCCACGAAGUAAUCAACAGAGUUGACGACAGAGUUUUCAUCGUCAAAAUCAACAAAAUCGACAAAGCAAUCUCUGUUGAUAGACUCAAGCCUGCCUUCAUCGCAAAGACUGACUCAGAACAGACUCCUGAGCGUGAACAGCAGCAGCAAACUCCUCAGCCUAGUCCAGCGAUCGCCGCUCCUGAAGAACAUCGUUCUACAAGCAUGGAUCCACCCCUGAGGACUUACGCUAAAGCU